AGUUUGAGCCAACAAACCGGAGGCUUCCGGGCAGCUGGAAAAGGACAGUUCGUUACUUGUUGGCCUCAUAGAGAAAAGUGCGCAGAUUGUGAGAAGGAGGAGGACGAAUAUGAAGAGGAUGAAGAGGAAGAAGAAGAAGUCAGUAACUGUUCACUUGCCAAUAAUAAAUAUCAUGAUGAGUUGGAUGAGUGUGGAAAAGACUUGAAGGCCUGCAAGAAUCCCUAUUUCUGUAGCAGAUUGUCGCAUGCUCCCCUUCGGUCUUUUUGUCCCACUCGGUCUCAUUGCUUACAAGCCGACUCUGUUCCGAAUUUAUUGGGGCUAAGCAGGAUCACCUGUAACCGGAACUCUGUCAGUCUAUCAAAGCUGGCCGAAGCUGCCUUCAAUAUGGGCCUUUCUUGCCCUGUGCGACACUAUGCCAGUAGGUCGCUGCAGGUGGUAAGAGCGCUGGGUGGCCACAUGUCGGCCAAGUGCUUGACUGAAUUGCUUAGCCGCUUGGUUGAUACAGUAGCAGAAACCGCCGAAGAGGUGCAGGUGAGUUUGUAA